UCAUACUAAGAUGGCGGACGAGCGCGAUCCAGAUCCAGCCGAAAGAGUGCGGAGACUUGUCCAAUACGCUGGACAAGUUGAGGUUGAUAAUAGCAUAGCACCCAAAAAAUACUUUAGGUCUGGCGUAGAAAUGGAGCGAAUGGCAAGGAUUUAUCACGAGGAAGGAAAUCUGGAAAAUGCAUUUAUUUUGUAUUCAAAAUUCAUCACAUUGUUUGUGGAAAAACUUCCUUCACAUCCAGAAUAUGCAAAGGCAGCACCAGGAGACAAAGCAACAAAUAAGAAGAGCCUCAGAAGAGUAUUCGGUGAAGCAGAGAAAUUAAAAGGAAUUUUGAAGGAAAGGUAUCAGAAGGAGUUUGAACAGUUAAUGGUGGAAGAGGCUAGAAAGAGAGAAGUGCAAGAAGCCAAAAGGAAAGAGCUUGAGAGAAAGGAAGCUGAAGAAAAAGCACAAAAAGCACUCACAGCCCUGCAAAUUGCACCACAGCAUAACAACACAUCCAUGCCUCAUACAGAGACACUAAGUGUUACUCCAAGUGCCCCACCACUAAUUGGGGACUACCCUGCCCCACCCACCUCCUAUCAGGAGUCAUCUGGCAGUCCAGAUUCAACAGUGGGUAGUAAUCAGCGUGAACAUGGCACCCCUAGUGACAGUAAUCAGACACAUAGGACAUUGCCACCACCUCCUAGCUACUCGUCACUAUUCUCUGUACCAACACCAAGUGUCCCAACAAUUGACAGGUCUACUAAACCAGUCAUGUCUGCAGAUGCGUCGUCAGGUGGCCUCAGAAAAAUGCAUGUUCCAGCAGAGCUAAUCAGUCAGUUUCUACGACUGGCAUCUGACAACACAAGGAAGAACCUGGAAACCUGUGGCAUUCUGGCAGGUCGACUUCAAAACAACAUGUUCUGCAUUACUCAUUUGUUGAUCCCCAAGCAAACCUCGACAUCAGACUCCUGCACUACUCUGAAUGAGGAGGAUCUGUUUGAUUAUCAAGAUUCUCACAAUCUGAUCACAUUGGGUUGGAUACAUACACACCCAUCACAGACAAGUUUCAUGUCCAGUGUUGAUCUUCACACUCACUGCAGUUAUCAGCUUAUGAUGCCAGAAGCAAUUGCUAUUGUAUGUGCUCCAAAAUUUGAUGAGACUGGUGUGUUUUCUCUCACCCCAGAGUAUGGUCUGCAAUUUAUUUUGAAUUGUAAAAUGCAAGGAUUUCACCCACAUCCCAAAGAGCCUCCACUCUAUGAGGAGAGUUCACAUGUAUUAUGGGACAAGGUUUCAAGAGUUGAUGUUGUUGACUUAAGAUUUAAAUAAUAGCAAAAUGUUGGCUUAAAUUUUGAUUACCACGAUUGAACAAUUUUAAUCGCUCAAUAAAAUAUCAAAAUGGGACAAAGCAUGACGCUAACAAGUUAGAAAUGAAAAUUAUGAUUUAAAACAAGAUACUGGUUAACAAAUUUUCACCAAAGUGAGGGUGGCUAGUGGUGGAUAAAGCAGUAAGGUAAUUUCCAUCCCUUGCCACUGACACUGAGGUCAAUAUUUGUCUUGUGUACACCAAAACUCAUUUAUUCCUGCAAUGAUUAAAAUAUUUUGGGGUGAAAAUCCCUCAUGUGUUGCUCCAAGGUGAAUAGCAAAGGAUAUCCAGGGUUUGAGUAGCCAAUCAGAGCAUGCAUUCUAUGUUAUUUACUGUAUUAGUAUCUACUAAAUAACAUCAUUAUCAGAUGUGAUACUUCCAUUUGAGACUUAUCACAUAGGCUAAAAAAAUUGAUUUAAUGAAAUAAAUGGAGGGUAGGUGCUGUGAAGGUUGCAAAAGUGGAGGGCUGCAAUAAAGUGGCAUGCAAAGUAAGUUGAGAGAAAGCAUGCAAAAUUUAAGUGACCCCUAUUUGGAGGGAAAUUUUAGGUUAUCAAUUUAUGAAAUAAAUAAUGUGCAAACUGCAGAAAGAGUUCUGUGUGAGGUUGUUCAAAGUUGAUAAUAAAUUUUGUAGGCAGUGCUUCUAAGAGGCAGCUCAGAAUCAAAACAAGAAACCCUAUAUGAGUUUAAAAUUCUGGGCAAAAAAUUACUUCCCAAUAAAGUGGAAUAAAUUUAAGUUUA